CCAUUCAUUCGUUCAAAGGCAGCGGAGCAGCACAAACCCCACCAGCGAGAGAGAGAGUCAACAUGGGAGAAGUGCCAGAGAUCACGGACCUCAAGCAGGUGAUCGAGCCCCAUCUGCCGGAGGGUUCCACGUUGGAGUCCUACAAGAGUCGCUACCUGACCAAGCCGGGCGACAACUAUGGCAGCGUCAUGCUGGCCGUGCAGGCCCACAUCCGCAACGCUGAUGGCUCUGUGCGGGAUCUGCCGCUGAUUGCCAAGCUGCCGCCGCUGACCAACGACCUUUACUGGCAGAUCUUCCAGCCGGAGCGUACCUGCAUCACGGAGAAUGCGGUCUAUCAGUAUUUGUCGCCGGAGCUGGACAAGCUUCAGCUGGAGGCGGGCAUUCUGCCCGCCGAGCUCUUUGAUGGCUUUCCCCGCUACUACGGUUCCCGCAUCUCCCUGGAUCCCAAAGCUGCAAAGGUGGAUCGGGAUGCCGUGCUGGUCCAGGAGAAUGUCACGGUGCGGGGUUAUCAGCCUGGGAACAGGCACAAGGCCUAUGAUUUGGCCCACACCGUGCUCAUCCUGAAUUAUUUGGCCCGCUAUCAUGCCCUGCCCAUUGCCCUGCGUUUGAAGAAACCCGAAGUCUAUGAGAAAUAUGUGCGUCCCUUUUUCCUAAAGUUUAACAUGAACGGCAACAUAGAUCCGGAGCAAAAAAAACAGAUGGACGAGGAGCUGAUGAAGGACAUUCGGGCGGUGACCAAUGAUGAGCGGGAUGUGGCGCGGGUCAAGGAGUUGCAGGAAGCAUUCGAUGCCUUUCAGGCGGACAAGGAUGAGGAGGAUGGUCCCUUCACCAGCCUGGUGCAUGGGGAUUUGUGGAUCAACAACAUGAUGGUGAAAUACGACGAGGAGGGCACACCCACUAAAUUGAAAAUAGUGGACUUCCAAAUAGCUCAGUAUGGCUCCUUGGUGCACGACAUCAUCUUCCUGCUGUUCUCGAGUGUGGAUGUCCAGGUCUUGGAGGACAACUACUACAAUUUCCUAAGCAUAUACUACAAGGCCUUUAUCCAGAGCCUGAAGAGCGUAAAUGUGGACACCAGUGGCUACUCCUACGAGAAAUUCCAUGAAGAAGUCCAGCGUGUGGCUUACCUCCAGCUGCCCCAUGCCAUUUUCAUGAUGAAGGUCAUCCUGGCCGACAACAGCACCAUUCCCGAUGACUACAAAGACAUGGACUUCUCCGUGCUGAGCAAAAAUACAGGCAUCAAGACAAUUGUGACGAAAUUCGAGGCUAUUCUGCGGCUGGGCAAGAAGUUUAACAUAUUUUUUUAAUAAUGCUAAUUCCGCUUUGUCAUUAUCACGACAGAAAUAAAAACUUGAACCCAGAA